UAAAUAGCUAUGCAGUCUUUAGCAGUACAUCCAGUACAUCCCUUUCUGACAUGCUGUUGAUGCAUGUGACUGUCUUAAAUCCCUGACUAGGCUACUUUCAAAAUGUGUCAAUCACUAAAAUGACACUUCUUCUUUCUAUGCACUGCUAUGAUGGUAAGUUGACUCACUGUACAAGACCUCUCCCCUUCACUAUACUGCAGGGUGGGAGAUGCAACAAUGGCCUUGAGAACAGCAGGAAGUGUGUUGGUGGUCUUUCUCUGGUGUAUAGCAGUGUUACUGGGUCAGUAUGGCUGAAGUGUGAUGUACACCAUCUGUACCUUGAAGGGGUCAACAGCAGAGCUGUCCUGCUCUUACACAUAUCCCAGAGGUUAAACAGUCACAAAAACCUUCUGGUUUACCAAACUUUAUACCGUGACUCUGAGUGAUGACCCAGACCACAAAGGUCGUGUGACGUAUCGUAAGGAUGAAGUAAAUGGACACAACCUGACAAUCACAGACCUGAGAGAGCGUGACGCAGCUACGUACAAGUUCAGAUCAGACUGGAGGGAAAUAUACUGGCUAUCCUGGAGUCACUCUGUCUGUCACAGAGUGUCCAUCCUGACCCUAACUGUGACACACACACCACUGAAAAUGAGGACGAGACAGUCUGGCAAGUGUGAGGGACUCGCCCAGUGACACGUUCACAGCUCUUCAGAGAGAUGCUCAGCCCUCCGUGUAUCAGGCCAUCCAGGGGAGAAAACCACCACAGAACCUGGACUGAAGACAACCACCACAGAACCUGGACUGAAGACAACCACCACAGAACCUGGACUGAUAGAACCACCACAGAACCUGGACUGAUAGAACCACCACAGAACCUGGACUGAAGACAACCACCAUAGAACCUGGACUGAUAGAACCACCACAGAACCUGGACUGAUAGAACCACCACAGAACCUGGACUGAAGAGAACAACCACAGAACCUGGACUGAAGAAAACCACCACAGAACAUGGACUGAAGAGAACCACCACUGAAGAGAACCAUCACAGAACCUGGACUAAAGAGAACCACCACAGAACAUGGACUGAAGAGCUAUGGCUCCAAACCAAAGCUAGUCCUUACACCUCUAUUCUCUUGCUAAUAUAUUGUUAUAAUAUCUUGAAGGUUCACCCAAAUUACAAAAUGACACAUUGGUUUCCUUACCCUUUACCAGUCUAUGAACAUGGUGUGACAGCAGUCCAUGCUUUGGUUUAGUUUCCCCUGGCACUGUUUCAACUUGCUAACGUUUUAGCAUUCGUGGCACAAAUCCCAUUCAAGUAAUGCGACCGAUAAGAGGCAUUUCUCGUACAUAAUGUCGAAAUCAUUCAAAUGUAAAAAAUGCAUUGUGAAGCUCAACAAAGUCACUUAUAGAUGAUUUGAACAUGAUGUCGGUCCCAUGACUUGAAUGGGAUUUUUGUUACAAAUGCUAUAAUGUUAUGUAAAUGUGGGAGUGUUCGACAUUGCAGCCGACUUUAUAGGCGAGUCAAGAUCUACAAAUCACCUUGCAUGAUAAAUAACUACUCAAUAUUAUUAAUAGACCAGUCAGUCACAAUUUACCCAUCAUACAUCACAGUUUUGAUGCUCUGGAACACUGUCUGUGUGACUGUGGAAUGAAGCCCUCUCUGCAUAAGUGUCUUAGUUACUGACAUAGAGUUGGACAGAGGGUAUAUCUUGGCAUCUUUGUCAAGAUGUCUUCUGUGACAGAAUGAGCAGCGCCAUUGAGGGCUAUUUCCAUUUUAAAGCAGUUAAUGUAUUCUUCUUCAACUUCCAUAAGUUUAAUAACAGUCGGUAUACCAAUUGAAAUGGUGUAUUCAAUGGCUUAGCCAUGCUAAAACAGUAUUUUUAGCAAGUGCGCCCUCUAUUCAACUCUAUUGUCCCUGACUGCUUCAAAGUUGUCAACCACACACUUCAAACCUCACACUCAGUGUCUAUUUACAUAGACUUCCAGUAAGUUAACUUACAACACAUCUCCCCUUCACUCUACUGCAGGGUGGGAGAUGCAACAAUGGCCUUGAGAACAGCAGGAAGUGUGUUGGUGGUCUUUCUCUGGUCUGUAGCAGUGGUACUGGGUCAGGAUGGCUGGAGUGUGACUUACACCACUCAGAGUAUCUGCACCUUGAAGGGGUCAACAGUGGAUCUGUCCUGCUCUUACACAUAUCCCAGUGGUACAGUCACAACAACCUUCUGGUUCACUAAAAUGGAGACUGGUGUAGAACCUGAAGAUCUAGGUCAGGACCCAGAGAAUGCAGGUCGUCUGGAGUAUCAUGGGGAUAAGAAGAAUGAUCACACACUGAGAAUCACAGACCUGAGAGAGAGAGACUCAGCUACGUACAAGUUCAGAUUCAUAACAGAUCAGACUGGAGGGAGAUAUUAUGGCAAUCCUGGAGUCUCUCUGUCUGUAACAGACCUGCAGGUGAAGGUGACCACUACAUGGUGGUCAAUGACACUGACCUGUAGCACCACCUGUACUCUGACUGGUAACCCCACCUACAUCUGGUACAGGAACAGUAAGAUUGUACAAGAGGACUCCUCCCCCUCGUACUCAGUCUACUUAAAAACUGAAGACAGCUUCUACUGUGUUGUAAAAGGCAUCAAUUCUCCUGCAGUGUAUAGCCCAAAGAACACCUCAGUGUCAGUCAGUCCCUCUGGUGAAAUAGUGGAGGGCAGUUCAGUGAAUCUGACCUGCAGCAGUGAUGCCAACCCACCUGUGGACAAAUACACCUGGUACAAGAUAACAUACAAGAAAAUGUCAAUGAGACAUUCUGGACAGAGAUACACCAUCCAUAACAUCAGCUCUGAGGACAGAGAGGGAUACUACUGCGAGGCUCUGAACAUUAUAGGGAGAGAACAUAUCCCUGUCCAUAUUAAUGUUACAUCAGUGUUUCCCUGGGUUCCUGUGGUGGGGGUGGGGGCUGUCCUGACUGCUGGAGCUCUGCUACUCACCAUCUACUGCAGUUUGAAGAGGUGAGACUUUCAUUAAGAUAUACUGUUAGUUACAC